AAUAAGAUAUAAAAGUAAACUUCAAAAAUUUCUCUAAAUACAAAUAAAAUCUUAUAAAAAUUCAGGAUUUUAAGAAAUAAAAACUAAAUUUUCUGUUAGUUUGUGCGCGGCAGUGUACAAUAAAUGUGACAUUCUGAUGAGUCUACAUUCUGAAAAAAAUCCGUUUAAAAUUGAUUUGAAAAUCCAUUUAAAAAGUAAGAAACGAAUAUUACCGAUCGGAAAAAAAAUCGAUGUAGGCUAAGAUGAAAAUCGAUCAAAACGUCCAAUCAGAAAGUGUCGAUUAUAUUAUAUCUAAUCAAUAUUAUUAAAAUUAUUACAAUUUUUUUAUUAAAUAUCGAUAGAUAACACAACACAAACCACACAAAACAUAAAGCACAAUAUACAACACUGCGUCACACUGCUGUUCACGCACACGCUGCUGUAAGGUCUGUGGCACACGCUUUCCGUAAGACGUAACAGUAAGGUUUCGAUGCACUGGAUUGGGCGACCGUAACCGUAACUGGCUAAAUCGAGUAUGUGAUUGUUCAAAACCUUACUGUUACGACUUACGGAAAGCGUGUGCCACAGGCCUAACGCUGAACGAAAUAAUAGAGAGAAGCUGAUACAUGCACGCCAGAUCGUGCACGCCUGAUACGGAUACAACCGUUAGCAUGACUUUACAUAAUUGUUUACUAAUACAAACGCAAUUAAUGAAAUGUGCGCGCGUAUAUAUGUACGUAUUUUAUCGGACUUCUAAAUCAGAUAUAGUACAUUAGGUCGGAAUUCAGUUUAAUCGGAUAAAAUACCUGUUUUUAAUCGAUCAAGUGCAAUGUCCGAUUAUAGUAUGGUAUAUGAAUUUAAAUGAAUAAAUAAAUUACGGUUCAUUAUCCGUUUAUAUUUCCUCGGAAAGUACAUUUCAUCGAAUAAAGGCAUUCAUUAUUUCAUCGGACAGCCCCAAAUCCAUUCAAAAUUAAUCGGAUAUAGCAUCCGAACGGUAUUUUCCAGGAUUAGAACUGCUGGAUAUUUUUCUCAGGGUACUUAUGUUGGUGACGUAACUUUAUCAACUCUUGUCAAAAUCAUAUGGUAUUUUUAUCUUAAUUUUUAUGUAUAUUUAUCAACAUUAACUCAAUUUCACAAGUUCAAAUGCGUGAUAAUUUUAGCAAUGUCUUGUACGUGCACUUUUUCUUUCCUCUCAUCAAAAAAUAUGUAAAUUCAUUAAAAUUUGUUAAUAAGAAAUGUAAAUAAAAUGCAACUAGAAGAGUAAAUUUGUUGUAACGACCAAAUUAUAAUAUUGAUGAAAAAACGUGGACUAUUUCGUUAUACAUAAUGAAUUUCUUUAAAGCAAAACACCACUCAAUUACUCAUCGUUAUUUAUUAAUAACGCGUUUUCUAAAGUAAAAAGAAUUUUAUAGUAAUUUGCAUAUUAUGUGUGACUGCAAUAAUACAGCAUUCAAAUCAUUAUGCAAAUAAUAUAACAAUGUAAUCAAUGCACAGACACACACACACACACACACAAUGUUUCAAAUCAUCAAAAUUGGUUUCAUUAAAAAUGGAAAUUUUGCGUAUUGCAAAGUUUACCAUAUAGUUUUAUAUAUAAACAACAGAAUAAUAUCAGAAGAAUACGCUUAUCACCCCUUUUUAUAAUGCGACCUGAAUUUUCCGAUCCCCGUAUUAUUUUUCGCGAACAAUCACGUUCGUGCGAAGGCUGUUCGGUUAUCACACUACUGUUGAUUGGGGUGGAUAAGAUGGGUAAGCUGGGUAGGCAAAAGGUAGGAAGGUAGGUAGGUAGGUAGGUAGGUAGGUAGGUAGGUAGGUAGGUAGGUAGGUAGGUAGAUAGGUGUUGCGUAUGUAACCACAGUAAGAGAAUACUUUCACUGCCAGAGUGCGGCUGGAAGUCUUCGGAGAGAGCAAGAAAAACUAGGCACGAUUGAACGACCGACAAGGACGAUAAGAGUGAAAUGGAUGGAGGUAUAUCGGUGCAGUACCGUAUUGCUCUUCCGACUAUCAUUACCGACUCCAUAGCGGACACUCGACUGUCGUCGCGUCACCUGGCGAGUUUCCAGAAUCCAGAGAAUCCUUUCGAGAUACGGAACUGCUGAGUAUACACGCAUUGAAUAGCAUUAAUACUUCAAAAAGUACCUAGUCCAAUCAUUCUCAUCGUUGUUCAUCAAAGAGGAAGCCUUCGAGGUCUUUGAAUGAAUCAUAAUACAACAUAUAGAAAUUGUUCUCCGGAAGUUACAAAGUUGAAAUUAUCUUACAAUUACAGGUACGUAUAUAUGAUUUUCAUGUAAUCUCUGUAUUAUAAAUAUAAAAGUAUAAGUAAUGAAAAUUAAAACUCUCGCUCUCUUUUUCUUUUCUUCUUUUAAAACUAGUAGUCUUUUUCCAAAUUUUUAUAUUACUUGUAUUUUUAAUUUUCUAUAUAUUUAAAGAAAAUUUAUUCGAGAAUGGCAACUUUUUUUAAAUAGAAAUCUUUAAUGUUUGUUUUUUUGCUGACAUCGAUAAAUCACGGAUACAUUUGCAAUUUUACGCUGCCUUUCGCAUUGCUAUAAUAGAUUCAUCUUGACACUUAUUUGACUAUUAUAAAAAUCGAGUGAACAUUUUUAUAAACAAAAAAGCGCACAUGUUUUGAAACGACAAUAAGAUAAUCACACGAUCGAAUUAUAUAAGGACAGCAAAAAAGAUAAGAGAAAGAGGAAAAGAGAGAGGCGGCAUAACGUAACUCCACGAGUCGUCUCGUAAAAAGAAACGAGUUAGAGGUUUAUGCCAGUGAAACACUUUCUCCUUUUCCGUUAUGAGAUCACCAUCUCGUUCUUCCGGCGGAUCGGGACAUAACUGCAGGCAUAACGAGGCACUUCAUACACGGUUUAUUCAUUCAAUUUACAUGUAAAUCGAAACUUGUGUUGUGCGACUAUCAAAACAGCUCUUAUUAAAUUAAACGCUAGCUAUACUAGUGCGCGUUGAUGGGGCACGAUCGUCUUUAAUUCGUUCAGACUUCGGCAUUUCCUUGUUCCACGUCGCGCGAUAUCCGCACUAACUGUUCCUUCUUCCGCAACUAGAAACUUAUUACUAUUUUUACUUUGUGUUGCUACGAAUGAAGUUAAUUACAUUACUCAACAAAUUUCAAAUUUUUUUGCACAGUAAUAACAAUUUCGAAUUUUUUAAAACUCUGAUUUAAAAAAUUAAAACAAAUUUCAGAUUAUAUAAUUUGUUUUCAUCUUUCCAAGUAAAAAUAUAGAUCAAAUUUUGAAAAAAGUAUUAAUGUGUGCUUAACCCUUCAGCGGCAUUGACGCAUAUGCACUAAGAAAAACGUUUGAUUAAUUGUAUGGAAGAGUCUAAUAAAUUUUACUGUAUUGUUCCAGUAAGAUGUAUAAGGUUAAAUCAACAAAAGAUACCUCUAUACUUUUUACAUGACUGCAUACAGUAUUAUUUAGCGGACUUGGUUGACAACGUAGGUUUAGAUUAGAUUAGGUUUUAACGAAUAGUCACGUUAUUUUUGCAGGACUUCUCGCAUGUAUAAGUUUAAUUGCCGAUCCAGUAAAAUUUACGGAACUAAGAUGUAUAUUUAAUGAAACUUUCUUCUCAGUGUGGCGUAAAAAAUAUGCGUGCAUUGACGCCAUAUAGCGCAUAUCGUUUAUUUUUUAAUUGGCUGGAUCGAUUUGCAUAAAAAAUGAUAUCAUAGGUAUUGUAUCGUUAAAUAUGAAUCUAAGGUCAAAACUCCAAAAUUCAAAAUGGCGAACCCAAAAUGGCGGUCAAAAAUAAUCAAAAUUUUUCGAUUUUUAUGAAAUGUAAUACUCAAGGAGGGGUGAUUUUGGAAAAAUCUUUAUAACCAUGCUUUUACAACACAUGUGAUCAUAAAAUAAAAAAAUUAGGUUCGUUUAGGUUACAUGUGAUAAGCAAAAAUCCAUUCUUUUUUAACACACUCCUUUAUAAUAAUAUAAAAUUUAUUCAGGAGUUCAUAAUAUUAUAAAUUAAUAAGUUGAAAACAUAUGUAAGUUAUGGUCCUAAACACCCCUGAAUUAAAGACAUUAUUCAAAUAAACAAAAUUAAAAAAAUUUGUGUCCGCCAUGUGGGUCCGCCAUUUUAAAUUUUAUUUAACUUAUCUUUCUCUCGGUUAUAUAUUUAUAUUUCUUUUUUUUCUUUAUUUUAAUUUAUGCAAAUUGUCAAAACAAGUUUUGUAAAAGUAUUUAGUGUAUUUAUCGCAGUAUGGCUGAAUUCGGAUCUGACACUUUGUAUACGAACAAUACUUUUUCUUAUCAAUUUUACUCAAUUUGUGAGAUCGAACAUUAUUUUCUAUUUUCAGAUAAUAAUUAAUCAGUUAUAUUUAUAGCAAAUUUUUUUGCAGUAUGUUUUUUGACAAACUGCAUAUUCAAUAAAACUAAAAAUAUUCAAUAAAUAAAAAGUACAAAAAAACACAAUUAAAAAUACAAAAAAAUAAACAAAAACACAAGAAAAUCUUAUUUAUGUUCAUCUCCUCGUGGUAAAAUUCGGACAAUGGCUAUAAUUGUAGACGGCUAAGAAACGUAAAAAAAUAUAUGUAUCCAUGAGUACAUAAUUUCAAACGCACACGCGCAUAUAUAUAGACACAUACUUGCAUAAAUAUACAUAUGUAUUUGUAAAAAGCAACUUUCCUAUUGGGUAUUAGUUAGGUUUUCUAACUAAAUAUUGGUUUUUUACCACCAUGAUACGACUUUUAAGCUGCCAUUUUAAAUCAGCCAUUUUUUUCUUAAAAAAAUAAUUUUGAUUCAAGAAAUUUGCAAAGUUUUUAUAUUUUUCACUUAUAACUGCUUUAAAAUUCAGCAAAAAUAAAAAAAUUCAAGAUAUGUCCAUUUAUUUGCCUCCAUUUUGUUUCCACCAUCUUAUUUUAAAAAAAUACGGCAUGCUUUUCAAAGGCUUAGACAUAUAGAACGCGAUAUAUCCAUGUUUCGGUGAUUUUCAAAAACUAUAAAUGAUAGUAAAUUAAAGAUGUAUAAAAAAUAAUUCGUGAAAAUUUCGAUUUUUCGUUGAAAAUCAUGCUGUAACUUUUGAACAAACAAAAUUUUCGAAAUUCUGACAACUACAUUUGAAAGAGCAACCACGAAAACAUAAAGAAUGACCUUCAUACAAUUUUUUUCUGCUUUAACCUAAGAAAUUAUGGCGAUAACAAUUGCAUGGAAAAAAAUGUCCAUUUGGUCCUUAACGAGUUAAUACAUUGACUAUGUAACCUAUCGCGCGCUAGUUUUCAUUUAAUUUAGAUUUAAUAUUUUUGUCAUCUAUAUUAUUAUUAUUGUUAUUAUUUCUUUCUUUCCACGGACGCGCGCGUUACAUUAUUAUUAUUAUUAUCAUUAUUAUUAUUAUUAUUAUUAUUAUUAUUAUUAUUAUUAUUAUUAUUAUUAUUACAGAACAAAGCAGGAUGGAAACAAUUCCUAAAAACCAAUGGAAGCGUCAUGAAAAGUAUAAAUAUCGACGUAUUUUUCAAUAUUCAUGAAACUAAGAUGAUUAGCAUAGCAUCGUCGCGACAUUCCAUUACAAGCAAUGGAAUUCAAUGAGACAGCAAGAUUAAUCUAAAGAUAUUAAAAAUUCAUAAGGCAAAGUUUUAUUUUCUUGCCAGGAUGGUCUUUAGCGCGAUAGUAGUAACAACAGCUUUAAAAGGCGCUAUCGGUUUAGUGGGCACAGGUUUAUGGCUCGUACCAUUGUUAAUUGCGGGUCUCUCUUAUUAUCGUUACGAUCAGCUUGACCCCGAGAGUCGACCCAUCGAUAAAUAUCCUCUCUAUUCCGAUUAUGAUUUCAUCGUAAUCGGAGGUGGAUCGGCUGGAGCGGUAAUUGCCAGUCGAUUAUCGGAGGUAUCAAAUUGGAACGUAUUAUUGUUAGAGGCUGGUCCAGACGAAAACGAGAUUACAGACGUGCCAUCUUUGGCCGCAUACCUACAGUUAACUAAGUUGGAUUGGAAAUAUAAGAUCGAGGCUACGGGUAAAGCUUGCUUGGCUAUGAAGGGCGGCCGUUGUAACUGGCCACGCGGUAAAGUUCUUGGCGGUAGCAGUGUUCUCAACUACAUGUUGUACGUUCGCGGUAACAAAUUAGACUAUGAUCAUUGGGAAUCUCUGGGUAAUACUGGCUGGGGAUACGAUCAAGUUCUUUAUUAUUUCAAAAAGUCAGAAGACAAUCGAAACCCGUACUUACAGAAGAGUCCUUAUCACGCAACCGGUGGCUAUUUAACAGUGCAGGAGUCACCAUGGAAAACACCUUUAGUAGUCGCUUUUGUUCAAGCUGGCGUUGAAUUGGGAUACGAAAAUAGGGACAUAAAUGGUGAAAGACAGACAGGCUUUAUGAUAUCACAAGGAACUAUUCGCAGAGGAAGCAGAUGCUCCACUGCAAAAGCUUUCCUGCGACCUGUACGAUUACGUAAGAACAUUCAUACAGCUAUGAACAGUCAUGUGACGAGAAUCGUGAUCGAUCCGUUAACCAUGAGAGCGAUUGGCGUCGAGUUUAUCAGAAACGGUCGGAGGCAGAUAGUAAAAGCGCGCAAAGAAGUGAUAUUGUCGGCAGGUGCCAUCAACAGUCCUCAGAUUUUAAUGCUCUCAGGAAUUGGACCAAAGGAGCAUCUAAAACAUAUUGGUAUUCCCGUUAUCAAAGAUCUUCAAGUCGGCGACAAUCUUCAGGAUCAUAUAGGCAUGGGCGGCUUAACAUUCUUGAUUGAUAAGCCAGUCGCUAUAGUUCAGGAUCGUUUUCAACCGGUUCCUAUGAUGAUGCAUUACGUAGUUAACGGCAGAGGACCCAUGACAACUUUGGGUGGUGUGGAAGGUUACGCUUUCGUAAAUACAAAGUAUGCCAAUAACUCUAUCGAUUACCCGGAUGUGCAAUUUCAUAUGGCGCCAGCUUCUAUUAAUUCCGACGCGGGAGUGCAAGUUCGAAAAGUUUUAGGAUUAACGGAUGAAGUGUACAAUACAGUCUACAGGCCGAUCACGAAUCAAGACGCCUGGACUAUCAUGCCUCUUUUAUUGAGGCCUAAGUCUCGUGGCACUAUACGUUUGAGAAGUUCCAAUCCUUUUCAUAAUCCUAUCAUUAACGCGAGUUACUUUUCCGAUCCCAUGGACAUUGCCGUUCUGAUAGAAGGUGCAAAGCUUGCAAUCAAAGUUAGCGAGGCGAAGGUUUUUAAACAAUUUGGCUCAAGACUUCAUCGCGUCAAGCUACCGGGUUGCAGACAUCUCAAAUUCGGCACCGAUGCCUACUGGGAAUGCCAUAUUCGACACAUUUCUAUGACAAUCUAUCACCCUGUAGGCACUGUCAAAAUGGGACCUCCGACUGAUCCUACCGCCGUAGUGGAUCCAAGAUUGCGGGUGUAUGGAAUCGCGGGUCUUCGAGUUAUCGACGCGUCCAUCAUGCCAACAAUAUGCAGCGGCAAUACAAACGCUCCUGUCAUUAUGAUCGGCGAGAAAGGUGCCGAUCUCAUUAAACAAGAUUGGUCUGCCAUCUGAGCAUUGGCAACUAAUAACGGAAAUAAAUGCAAAUUCCAAAGAUGCCGAGAAAAAAAAUAAUUUGGAAUAUAUUAACAAUUCAACUUAUUCGUAAAUGUUUUUAUUACGUAAACCUAAGCAUAUCACGCAGAAAUAAUUAUUUCUUAAAAGGAAAGUAUAAGAGUAAGUUUAAAAACUUCAGAAAUUCUUAGAUAAAAUAUUAAAUUUACGUGCGAUAUAUUACAAUUAACGCAUUUAACCAAUCGUAACAAAUACAAAACCAAUAAUACAUUCAUAUAAUUUUACACAUUUCUGAUAAAUAAUUUAUAAUUAUUCAAUAUGCAAACAUGCAAUAAAACCUACAUGACAUGUAAAUAAUACAAAAGUGAAAUAGUUAUAUAUUUAUCUAUCAUAUGCAAUUAUAUGCAAAAUUAUUCAAAUAAUUCAAAUUAUACAAGUCAUUAAACGCAGAAAUACGUUAUAUAACCGUAUCUUAUCGUAUUUUAUUAUUAUUAAUUACAUUAUAUAAUUCCAUCCGAUAACAGAAUAAUUACUGUGUAAAGCGUAAUUUUACAAAAAAUUGUAACAAGGAUAAAGAACAAUAUUAUCGAUAAAUCUUAGUAAUAAAUAAGGCCAGUUCGGAGUAGAGUCACGAGGUUAUAUAUAAAAACAAUUAAGUAUGUCGUGUAUGUAUAUUUCUCAGGUACAGAAUUGUUAAAGUUUCUCGGUUUUCUUACGUGCCAUAUGACGAGUCUGGCGUUUUCCGUUAAGUACGUUAGAUUUUUUAGGUGUUAUUACCUAAGCGUAUGUAUACGUAUGUAUAUAUUAUGUAACAAAAUAAUUAAUAAUUUUUCGUGAUUUUUUGAGUGAGAUUACAAUUUGCUACUUGUUACUUUGUUGCCUAUAUUACAAAGUCAAACGCUAAAUUAAUCCUUUCGUACCUCCAGUUUUCUUUAAAAAAAAAAGAAUAAUAAUAAAUAAAUAAAUAAACUAUUUUAUACACGGAGAAAAAUUUAUAGCAAAAAUUACUACGACAGUAGCUACGGAUCACAAGAAGAAAUUUCAAAGAAUUAAUAUAUCAUAAGUCAUAAGUAAUGUACAUACUAUUAUAAUUUGAUGAAAAACAUAGUAAUAAUGUUUAUAAUUUCUUCCUUGUUCGGUGCUUACUAUUUAUCAUAAUAAUUUUUACUAUAAAAUUUUCUCCGUGUAUAGACACAGUUCUAGGAUUUUAAAAUUGCUGAUUCUAAAUCAACUAUCAAAAUUGAAUAAUGGAAGAUUCAAGAUGAUCAUAUAAUAAAAUGCUAAAAUAUCAAUAUAUUUAAAAUAACUGCACGGAUUAAAAUUCUUUUCCGACUACUGAUUACAAAUCAAACGUAAAAAAAUAAAACUUUAUUCUACAAUACAUUUAGAACGAUAUAAAUAUUUUGAAAGUCUGAAAGACAAAUUGUAGAUUGCGCACAUUUUAAUUAUACAUAUAAACUAUUACAAUAUUUAUCAUAAUCAAAUUUUAAGUAUUUUGCAUUUCUUUCACAAUUAAAUAAGAUUUUAACUAUAUAAUUAGCAUAAAUUCUAUAAAUUUUCAAUAAUAUACGAUUAUACUUCACUAUUUAAAAGUUGAAUUUUUCACAAAGUUUACAUAACUAUAUUUUAUUAAAAACAGAAAUUUCGAAGUGCAACGAUUUGUAGCUUUCUUUUUGGAAGAUAGAAAACAAGCAAAAGAAAAAGUCAAUAGAAUUAUUUGUUUAAAAAAGUUAUGAUGAUUUGUGUAAUUGAAACAUUUAUGUUCCAGAGGUAAGAAAGGAUUAAUCUAUUUAAUUAAACAACUAUAAGAAUUGUUAAGAAUUGUAUUUUCUUGUUGUAUGUUUGUAAAAUAAAUAAUGCUGCGAUUUAAAAAAUUUUCUUCUUUUCCUUUUAUCUAAUUUUAUUAUUCUUUUCUUUCCUUUUAUUCUGUCUGAAUGCUAUAUAAUUAUUCUAUCGCACAUAUAAAAUAUAUACACAGUUCAAACAACCAUAUAUAUCCUUCUAACCGAUAUGUUCCUUCAUUUACACCUUAUCUUAAUUUUAGAAGCAACAAAUUAGAAUAAUCUGAAGAAAAUUUGAAGCAACAAGUUACAGUGAGACAAAUAUGUCUGUGUCUUACUCUAACUUAUUGCCAAUAUUGCAGUGCAGCAAGAAACAGGCC